AUGAUGCCGCUCGUCCGCACGCUCAUCUACUUCGUCGUCUUUCAGAUCCUUUUGCGAAUUCUCUAUAAUCCCCCUCUCUUUCCCCCCUGCCCCCUCUCUUUCCCCCUGCCCGCUCUCGCCCCCGUCCCUCUUCUCUUCUACUCCCCCACUUCCCUCCCCGCUUCCGCCGUCCGCCCUUCCCGCCCUCCUCCCGCCGCCUUUCCGCCCUCCGCCCCUCUCCACCGCCCUUCUCCCGCCACACGACCGUUCCUCACCCAUGUGCACCGAUCCUGCCAUUUCUCCCUUCCCGUUCUCCUCUCCCCCGUCCCCCUGUUUUCCCCCUCCGCAUUUCCCCUCCCUGCCUCCCCUUUCCCCCUCGUCGCGCACCCCCUCUCCCCGUUUCCCCACUCCCCUUCUCCAGACGCGUCCACGUGGCACUUCGCGGCUCCAAUGGCUGCCAUCCCCGUCAGCAUGAGCGGGCGCUCCGUGCUCGCCACGUCAGCCAGUUUGAGGCAACCCCCUUCCACACACAAGGGCAACGAUGCCUCAUUCUCGCGCCUCUCGUCCGCGCAUUCGCAUUCAGUGUCCCUCUCCCCUCUCCACCGCACCAGCUCAACCACCCUCUCUGCCACCACUGCUGCUGCAUCAUCAACUGCAGCACCUGUCGUGCUGGUGCUAGCAGCAAAGGGCGGCCCUAAAAAGAACUUCAAGAAGGCCAAGAAGCCCCCUGCUGACCCUGCUUCUGCUUCCGGAGAGGCUGCUGCUGCUGCUGCUGAUGCUGCUGCGCCUGCUGCAGAGGAGAAACCAGCAAAGGCCCCUAAGGCUUCCAAGGCUGCUAAAGCAGCAGCAGCAGCAGCAGCAGCAGCAUGA